AUGACAUUUGUUAUGACUAGAUGUCCUAAAAAAAAACUAAUUUGGAGUAGCAAUCGAUUUGGUGAUUUAAGUGCAAGUGAUUAUGGAACACCAAAUCGUGCAGCAAGAAACUUUAAAGUUGCAAAAAGAACUGGCACACAACUAAGGAAAAAAAAUAAACAUCUCAAUAAAAAAUGUAAGCGUUUAGAGAAAAAAGUUACAACAUUAAAUGACAUGUUGGACAUCCUUAAAAAAAAAUCAUUAAUGACUGAUUUUGCUGCUGAUAGCUUAAAAGUACCCAUCAUUAUUUAA